AUGGCUUCUACAGAACCAUGGCUACUGGAAAAUGGAAACGUCAGAUGCCUGACCAUGGAAAUAAAACACGUCCAUGUUCGGACGGCGCAUAACAUGCCUUCUUCUUCUUCUUCUUCUUCUUCUUCUUCUUCUUCUUCUCCUCUGCGCAAGAAAUCGGACCUUACCCUUGUUUCCAAAGUUCGACGAGGGUUACUCCGAAACAUUUUGGUUAAUCUGCAAGAGGUUUUGUUGGGAACAAAGCUAGCGAUUUUGUUUCUGGCAAUUCCUUUUGCUGUUGCGGCUGAGUGUAAAAAUUUUGGAAGACCAUGGGUGUUCGCAUUGAGUUUACUUGGACUCACUCCUCUUGCUGAACGUGUCAGCUUUUUGACGGAACAAAUCGCUUUCUACACAGGUCCAACAGUUGGAGGGCUUCUAAAUGCUACAUGUGGAAAUGCUACAGAGCUGAUAAUAUCCAUAUUUGCUCUAAUCCAUCAAAAAGUAGAUGUGGUGAAAUACAGUCUACUUGGUUCUAUACUUUCAAACCUUCUUUUGGUUCUUGGAACCUCUCUUUUCUGUGGUGGAAUUGCGAAUCUCGGAAAGGAACAAAAGUUUGAUAGAAAACAAGUGGAUGUGAAUGUGCUCCUUUUGUUGUUGGGAUUGCUUUGCCAUGUUUUGCCUUUGAUGCUUCGAUAUGCUGGAAAUGCGUCCGAGUUGACAGGGACUGAAACUCUUGCGCUGUCAAGAGCUAGUUGUAUUGUGAUGCUUAUUGCAUACAUUUCUUACCUUGUUUUCCAGCUAUGCUCUCAUCGGACACUAUUUGAAGCUUCCCAGGAUGACGAAGGAGAUAGUGACAUGGUAUCUGAUGAAUCAGCCGUGAUUGGAUCCUGGAGUGCAUUUGUUUGGCUAGUUCUAAUGACAGGUGUUAUAGCCCUACUGUCGGAAUAUGUUGUGGGCACAAUUGAGGCUGCAUCAGACUCUUGGGGAUUAUCCGUCAGUUUCAUCAGUGUAAUUUUGCUACCAAUUGUUGGAAAUGCUGCAGAACAUGCUGGGGCUGUCAUUUUUGCCUUUAAGAACAAGCUGGAUAUUUCUUUGGGUGUAGCACUGGGUUCAGCUACUCAAAUUUCCAUGUUCGUGAUUCCAUUAAGCAUAAUUGUGGCGUGGAUAACCGGUAUCAACAUGAAUCUCGACUUCAAUCUCCUUGAAACCAGUUGUCUUGCUCUAUCAAUAAUCGUCACAGCAUUCACUUUACAGGACGGAACAUCUCAUUACCUUAAAGGACUAGUUCUGCUGCUAUGUUACCUAGUUAUUGGGGCUUGCUUUUUCAUUUUCAGAACUCCAAAUAAUCAUGCUGACAGUGUCAACAUAAGUUUCAGAUCAUCCAAUGAAAGAAUCAUGAGAGUUUGA